AUGAGUACCAUUCAAAAUCUGAAGAACUUCAUACGUCAUGGCAAACAGGCCCGCUUGGUGACCCCCCAUGCCGAGCCCACCACCAAUGUCUCCCCUAUCCAUGCCGAGCAACAACGUCAACCCCAGGGGUCUUACCCCCCCGCCGCCGGUAAUCUGGAUGCCAUUGACAGUAAAUUGGGCAACGGCCAGGCCCAACAACAACCCGCCGCUGCCUCCCACCGCUCCCCGGAUCGGAAAGCCCGGGACCUUGAGAUUGAACAGAUCGUCGCCGAGGAGAAGAGCAGUCAGGCCAAUUUGCCCAAGUAUCCCGGCCUUGAACGCUGGAUCUUGCUGGACAAGAUGGGCGACGGGGCUUUUAGCAACGUCUAUCGCGCCAAGGAUUCCACCGGGGAGUAUGACGAGGUCGCCAUCAAAGUCGUUCGCAAAUUUGAAAUGAACAGUACACAGCGCGCCAAUAUCCUCAAGGAAGUGCAGAUCAUGCGACAGAUCGACCAUCCCAACAUCAUUAAACUCAUCCACUUCUCCGAGUCGCGCCAAUAUUAUUACAUCGUCCUCGAACUCUGCCCCGGUGGGGAGUUGUUCCACCAGAUCGUCCGUUUGACCUAUUUCUCUGAGGAUCUCAGUCGCCAUGUCAUCACCCAAGUCGCCAAGGCCGUCGAGUACCUCCACGAGACCUCGGGUGUGGUUCAUCGAGAUAUCAAGCCCGAAAACCUCCUCUUCUACCCCACUCCCUUCGUUCCGUCCAAGCAUCCCAAACCCCGCCAGCCCGGCGAUGAAGACAAGGUGGACGAAGGGGAAUUCAUCCCCGGGAAGGGCGCCGGCGGUAUCGGGGUCAUCAAGAUUGCCGACUUCGGCCUUUCCAAGGUCAUCUGGGAUAGUCAGACCAUGACCCCGUGCGGGACCGUCGGGUAUACCGCCCCCGAGAUUGUCAAGGAUGAGCGCUACUCGAAGAGUGUCGAUAUGUGGGCCAUGGGCUGCGUUCUCUACACCCUCCUCUGCGGCUUCCCGCCCUUCUACGACGAGAGUAUCCAGGUCCUGACCGAGAAGGUCGCCCGCGGCCAGUACACGUUCCUGUCCCCCUGGUGGGAUGACAUCUCCAAGUCCGCCCAAGACCUCAUCUCCCACCUCCUGACCGUCGACCCCGAGAAGCGGUACACCAUCAAGGAGUUCCUCGCGCAUCCCUGGAUCCGCGGCACCGACGAGGCCACCGAAGCCGCCGCCGACGCCCCGCCCCUGGCCACGCCGCUCACCAAGCCGCAGAACUCGCCUCUGGACGCCGUCGCCGCCGAUCAGGCGCCCUACCCCCCAGCCAGUGCCCGUAUGUACGACCAGCCCUCGGCCGGGUUAGAUCGUCCCAUGGACUUCCGCUCCCCCGGGGCCAUCAAUCUGCGCGAGGUGUUCGACGUGAGCAACGCGGUCCACCGCCAGGAGGAAGAGAGCAAGCGACGCAAGCACUUCCGGCAAUACUACCCGAACAACAACGCGGCCGGCCGGUUCCAGACCCCGCUGAACGCAUUGAGUGAAGACUCGGACGACGAGGCGCCGCCGCCGGUGACGUACCAGCCCCUCGGCAAGGACGACAAUCUGUCCUCCAAGAUGCAGAAGACCGGUCAGCCGCCCGAGGGCGUCGCCGCCAUGGAGGCCAAGCUGCGGUCCACGAACCUGGGAGCCGGCACGGCCCAGGCUCCCGCCGCCCAGGCGCGGCAACCGGCGCGACAGGGCUACGGGCAGCACAGUGCGGCAGUGGCCGACGCAGCCCGGCAGAACCUGUCGCGCUCGGGCAAGGCGCCUUUUGAACUGAGUCUGGACAACGCCACCUUGUUGGAAAAGCGAGGCCGGCGCAACCCGCCAGUUAUCUAG